AUGUUCCAGCUGAAACCGUUCCUCACAAAGGUAGAAACAAAUAACAACUACAAGUUUGCAAACGUGACAGCCAGCAUCGGACAGACGGCUAGCAAUCAGAGUUUGGACAUGAACAUACACGUAAUUCGCCAGAUUAAUCUAGUAAAGCUCUCGGUAUCGUACUAUGCGGUCCUGCGCGGCGCAGUAAUGCAGAAUGCGCUCUUUACACGAUCGGUCGAUUUUUGUGACUUUCUUGAGCGUCCCACGAUAGAUCGGUUGAUCAAGAUAAUCUAUGACGUGGUAAUACCGAGCAGUAACUUGCCCAAGCGCUGCCCGGUACUAGCCGGUCACUAUUAUGUACGUGAUUUACAGCUUUCACACUUCACCAUACCUUCCUUUCUCCCUGAAGCGCAUUUCGUCAUGACGCAGCUAUUUAAAACCGGCGCCAAUCAGAAAGCUCUCUACGAACUUCGUCUCUAUGGUAGGAUGGUGCGUGUGUUUGACGAUUAA